ACAAUGCUGAUAAACGCUCCAAUUGUCCUCACGGCUGUAUAAGGUCUUGUUGUGUUACAUUAUUAGGAGAUGUGUGGUGUUCUAACAUCUGGCCGUGCACACAGUAUCCGGAUGUUUCGUCAGUACCCGGACGUUUCAUCAGCACCCGGAGGUUUCAUCAGUACCCGGACGUUUCAUCAGUACCCGGACGUUUCAACAGAACCUGCAGAAUGAUGGAGAUGAACGAGCUGACUUGUCCACUGUGUGACGAGAGGUACACCGAUGCCAGGACCCCCCGUAACCUGGGCUGUGGCCACACCUACUGCACCUUCUGCGUCCAACAGGUGAUUGCUAAGGAUCGCCGCUGCCCUGAAUGUCGCCUCAUCUUCUCCUGCGCCGUUGCUACUGAUCUACCUGUCAACUACCCACUGCUGAGAAUGGCUAGGGGCUUCCUCCCGUCUGCGUCUCAGUCUGCAUCAUCAUCAUCUGCUGUCCCACCUCUCUCUGGACGAGAGAUGGACGCCGGCCAGUGCCGUGCCCACGAAGCCAUCAUGUACUUCUGGUGCGACACCUGCAGGAAGUUUGUUUGUCGUGAUUGUCUGGUCUUGGACCACAACGCAGUGCCUUUGGGAAAUUGCAGGAUCCUCUCUAUUACUCAGGCCAUCGAGAAGAUCAAAAUCACACAACUUGAGAAGUCCACCACCAAAGGUCAGUCCCUCAGAGAUUUUAAGGAUAGCAUCAACAACUUCAUAUCAAAAUUGGAUGGCAAGAAAGAGAAAUGCGAAGAGACACAGGAAAAACUUCGUCAAAAGCUCCAGGAAGAAGCUGACAAGGCGCAAGUUAUCGAAAUAGAGAAAAACGAGGCUUUUGAGAAGUUGACAGAGAUAGACAAGUUGCUGGAGUCUCUGAACCAGAAGGAGAGCGCCCUCCUGGGGGCCAAUACGGUGCAGGAGAUCAGCGAGGAAGUACAGGCGUCCGGUGAGGUCUUGGAUGUGGCGGAGAUGUUUCAGACUCACGAGCGGCAGCGUCAGGUUCACAGCAUCUCUACCAUCCUCAACUAUGGGAGGCAGUGCCUGGUGGUGGAGCUGGGGCAGGAGGAGGUGUACGCGGCGAGGGAGGAGCUGGGGUGUCCCCGACGCUGGGCCCGAGUCAGUCUUCACCAACACAAAGCUCAUCUUCACGACCUCCGCGACACGCCGCCACCUCCACACGCCAUCACCAUCCCUUGGGAAUGUGUACGCAACCUGGUGUCUGAGGACUCUGCCACAGUAUUCCUCGAGGUGGCGGUCGACGGGGAGCCACGAGGCCGAAUCUACCUCACCAUGCUUGGCAAUACGCCCCGCGGCAGACAAUUCGUCUACCUCUGCUCCGGGGAACGGAACCACUCCUACAGGAACAACAAGUCCCUCGGGGUCUUCAGGCUCGACAAACCAGGGGAAUUCAUCAGCAUUGAGGGAUGCAAGAACGCCGACGGUACUCCGGCGUCUGCCCUUGUGGAUGGUAUAACUAGCGGAGGACUCCACACCAGGCCCAUCGUGCUCGGCCUGCUCUCAGGGCCCCCGCUGGCACACACACAUCAGACGCUGUUUAAUAUCUGCCUCCAGGAGAAGCCCAACAAGAGCGACCUGUCUGGGUUCGGUCGUGUGGUGGGCGGGAUGGAGAUUCUGAGAUCGGUGUCCAGACACGUUCCUGCGUCGGGUGUGACGGUGCGGGACUGUGGCCUGGUCAUCCCUCUGUAGCCAUAUCUUACUGCACUCAAGUGGCAACUCUCCCAACUACUUAGCCGGCACACUGGAGCGGCAGCCUCACUUCUUGCAGGUUGGCGUUUAAUCCUCGACCGUCAAACUGGUUGGGUACCAUUCCGCUCCUCCGGUUUUCCUAAAUUCUUAUCCCCAUAUCCCUUCCAAGUGCUAGAAUUAAACACCUCUUCACGUGUGUUAAGGUCGACGUAAACCUACUAAGCCCGUCCACAUUAUAUCCACAUAACGUCGCUUCAAGAAUUCCCAGCAUAUCAAGACUGCAAAUGCACAACCUGUGAAUUAUGUACAACUUUUGAUAAUGAUCCAGGACGCCAUUUUCUUUUAUUUCAGAUGUGUGGGUUGGGUGUCUACCAACUUUUACCAGAAUGAGAGUCUGCACUAAAUUACCGAGAUCUUGUGCAGUGUUGCAGCUUCAGGUCUGGAAACAAGGCUGUUGAUUCAUGGAGUAAAUUACCGGGUAAUAUAAUAGACGCGGGGUCGAGAGAUUGUUUCAAGCAUAGGUUAGACAUAUAUAUAUGUCUAACUCACAUAUAUUAUCACAAUAAAUGUGAAUGGGUUUGGGUGGAUAUAAACAAGAGCUGCCUCGUAUAGGCCAACAGACCCUCCGUAGUUUCCAUAACAUUUAUAUUCUUAUACCUAUGCAACAGAAAGAGGUUGAUGGCCACAGACUGUUUCCUUAUCCCUUACAUCUCAAGACUGUUGCCUUAUCCCUUACAUCUCAGACUGUUGCCUUAUUCCCUUACAUCUCAAGACUGUUGCCUUAUCCCUUACAUCUCAAGACUGUUGCCUUAUCCCUUACAUCUCAGACUGUUGCCUUAUUCCCUUACAUCUCAAGACUGUUGCCUUAUCCCUUACAUCUCAAGACUGUUGCCUUAUCCCUUACAUCUCAAGACUGUUGCCUUAUCCCUUACAUCUCAGACUGUUGCCUUAUUCCCUUACAUCUCAAGACUGUUGCCUUAUCCCUUACAUCUCAAGACUGUUGUCUUAUCCCUUACAUCUCAAGACUGUUGCCUUAUCCCUUACAUCUUAGACUGUUGCAUUAUCCCUUACAUCUCAGACUGUUGCCUUAUCCCUUACAUCUCAAGACUGUUGCCUUAUCCCUUACAUCUUAGACUGUUGCCUUAUUCCCUUACAUCUCAGACUGUUGCCUUAUCCCUUGCAUCUCAAGACUGUUGCCUUAUCCCUUACAUCUUAGACUGUUGCCUUAUCCCUUACAUCUCAAGACUGUUGCCUUAUCCCUUACAUCUUAGACUGUUGCCUUAUCCCUUACAUCUCAGACUGUUGCCUUAUCCCUUACAUCUCAAGACUGUUGCCUUAUCCCUUACAUCUCAGACUGUUGCCUUAUCCCUUGCAUCUCAAGACUGUUGCCUUAUCCCUUACAUCUUAGACUGUUGCCUUAUCCCUUACAUCUUAGACUGUUGCCUUAUUCCCUUACAUUUAAGUCUCAAUAUUAAGCCUAAUUUCAGAAAACAAUUGACGAGGUCAAUUCCUCAGUGAUUAAUUUGCUAAUCACAUAUUAAUGAUUAGUUUGAGUAAAUUAUUAUUUAUAUAGUAAAUUAAAAUAAAUUUUUCAUAAUAAAAUA